UCUGCUGCCGUCUGCUGGAAGAGAAGCGCUCCCUGUGGAGUAUUUGAAAAGUUUGGUGAUAUGCUGGAAAAGGUGGUCACCGGUAUCCGUGCGAUGGGGUCACGAGGAAGCAAGAGCAAAAACGCGGAGGGAGAAAACCGGGAGCCAAUGAGCAAGAGGAGGGAGUAAUUCGUAGAUGACCGGCACCACGACAACGUGGGUGGUCGUGAUCCCUAGGGUAGCGAAGGGUAGCGUCGAAGUCGGAGGGCGGAGGGUACGCAACGGCGUGCGUGUGGUCCGCCCGGCGUCGUUGAGUAUAGAGAAUGCUAUUGGAGUGCAGUGCUUCGCUUUGUCUGAAAAGACGACGCUUCCAGAGGAGCGAGAAGCCACCUCAUAGUAAAAGACGCUGCCCACCGCAACAGCAGCCAAAGAUAUUCUUAACGGCAAACUUGAGGGAUGUCCCAGAAAGUAUAGAAAAAAAAGGCGAAUUAUUACUGUUUUUGGUAAUAAGACCCAACCAAGAUCAAGAUGGCCCCGUUUAAAUUGCUGCUGUUGCUGUUCAUUUUCAAAGUGAGAUCUGAGUCCACUCACGGCUUUUCCCCAGAUACUAGUAUUGGAAAUGAGACAUGGAAUGAAUUGGACAUUACUAGUACAAGGCACAGGCACAAGGACAAAAGUUUUUUGUUAGACAGAUAUCCUGUUGGCGAAUUGCCAACGGAUUACGCAAAUUGCAGAAGAUCUGCAAAAUGCAUUGAUAUCAGCAACAGGACAUUGUGCAUGGGCACGAAGUUACCGUAUUCUACUACCACCUUAGAUCUGAUUCCUGAGUCAACCACUGAGGAGCACAUUCAGGAGAGAUUGCAUUUGUUGCAAGGUUUAAGGCACAUUCCGAAAUGCUGGGCAGUGGUUCAACCAUUUUUAUGUUCACUCUUCAUGCCUAAAUGUAUUAAUGGCACUGUAGAUUUGCCCUCUCAAGAAAUGUGUAAAAUGAUAUCUGGCCCAUGCCGUUUGUUAUUCAAUCACACUAUAUGGCCAAGUUUCAUCAAAUGUGAUAAUGCAGAACUAUUUCCGAGAAUGUGUAAAAAUGAUAUCAGAGAAUUCAAAUUCAACACAUCUGGCAAAUGCUUGUCGCCACUUGUCCCCACCGACAAUUCACUUUCGAUAUUUGAAGGUGUCGAGGGCUGUGGCACGCAAUGCAAUGAUCCACUUUUUACAUCAGACGAACAGCGGCAGAUUCAUUCUUUUGUCGCCUGGGCUGCUGGAAUUUGUCUGGUGUUCAACUUAUUCACCGUGGUAACAUUUUUGAUAGACUGGAGGAGUGCCAACAAAUAUCCAGCUUUGGUGAUAUUUUACAUCAACAGUUGUUUUAUGGUUUCUUGCGUGGGCUGGCUUGCGCAGUUCAGCCCUGGUAGCAGAGAUGUUAUUGUCUGCCGCAAAGAUGGGACGUUGAGAAUGAGUGAACCAAGUGGCGAGAACUUAUCCUGUGUCGUAGUAUUUGUAUUGGUUUACUACUUCCUUAUGGCAGCUAUGGUUUGGUUUGUCAUUCUCACAUAUGCCUGGCACAUGAGUUUCCAGGCUCUUGGAAAAAUUCAUGAUCGAAUUGAUAAAAAAGGAGCAUAUUUUCAUCUCAUCGCUUGGUGUCUUCCUCUUGUAUUGACAGUCACGAUAAUGGCUUUGGGAGAAAUAGACGGUAAUAGUGUAACUGGAAUAUGUUUUGUUGGAUAUGCGAAUCACAUGGUGAGAGCUUGGUUUCUGUUGGGACCUGUGCUAGCUGUGCUGCUGGUUGGAGGAUAUUUCUUAUCGAGAGGAUUGAUAACAUUAAUUCAUCUGAAGAUCAGCAGUCAGGAAAUAAUAUCUGAGCGGGCCAGCUCUAAAAUUCGUGAAACGAUUGUUAGAAUGGGAUUGUUCUCUAUAUUCACUUUUGUAGCAGUAAUCGUGACUUUUUAUUGUCAUAUCUAUGAAUUUCAACAUUCUUGGGAAUGGAGACAAAGCUUUAGAGACUAUAUGAUCUGUUCCAUCACAUCGAAAUAUGCAGAUACAUCUGAGUGUAAAAUGACGUCAAGACCUAGUGUCGCCAAGCUUCAGUUGCACUUGCUAUCACCAUUUUUUGCUGGAGUUUUAAUGUCUUCCUGGGUCUGGACAGGAUCAACGGUUGACACAUGGACAAGAUUUCUCAGACGCACUUUCAACUGUGAGGCAGAAGAGCCAAUCAAACUGAAGAAGCACAAAGUGAUUGCCCAAGCUUUUGCGAAAAGAAAAACAUUCAACAACGCCGGAAGAUUGUCUAUUAGUUUUCACAACACACACGAAGAUCCGGUUGGAUUGAAUUUUGAUUUAAAUUCAGUAGCAUCUCAAGAUUUUAGUUCAACAUGGGCAGCUGCAUUGCCAAAGCUAGUAACCAGAAGGGGAGCUUUAGUCGGAGUAACUACAGGAUCCGUAUCGAGUAACCGGAGGAAUUCUGUAGACUCAGAAAUAAGUUUCAGUGUUCGACGUGUGUCCGUAGAAUCCCGAAGAAAUUCGUUAGAUUCGCAAAUCUCUGUUCAAAUUGCGGAGCUCAAAACAACGAGAAAAGUGGCGUCGUCAACUUUACCUGGAAAUUCACGUAACAGACGAGGAAAACGUAGGAGACGAGAGUUUGGAAAAUCAAGAUCCGGAAAAGUGGGACCGCUAUUUCGCAGAGGCAGUACAACAUCGCAAGAAAGUCAAUUAGGAGCUCAGAUUCUCUCGGCUCUAACCAUUGGAGGGAAUCCUAAUAUUCCAUCCUUACAGAUGCCUAACAUGAAGAGAAGAUCCGCCAGUGCGGGUCUAGAUGGGCAAAUUUUGAAUUCAAAAAUAUUGGACGGUAAAAAUGCUGGAAUGCUGCUGCCUUUUUUAUUCCCAGGGCACAGUGAAAGUGAUGAGAAUUUGAGUAGUGAAGAAAAAGGUCCCCCAAACGCGUUGCGUAAAGAUGUGGAUGUGGAAGCUGGCAAUGUUGACAAAGAAGAGCAGGACAGUGAAAGUGAAGACAGUCAUGCUGAAGAGGAUACGAAAAUGCUGAACGUUGAGGAACCUCCAGAGCGUAGUAGAAGUAAAACAAGCAACAAAAGUGCAAAAAGUUACAGCCAUGACGGUAGUAAGAGAAACAAGGAAAUAAAAGUGAAAAACAUAGAAAUAGAAUUGAAAGACAUGUACAGAAAGCCAGGAAUGGGGGAUCUGGCAUCCAGUUUGACAUCAUACUGUCCAGAGCUUACCCGACUCAUUCAGUCUGAUGAUUCAAAAACCAAGUCAAUGAAACGUCAAAAUGAUGACUCAAGUAUUCUUACAAGUGCUAGGGAGAUAGCUACACAAACAUCGCUCCCCUUGGAUAUCCUAGAGAUGGAAGAACUCAAACAGAGUAUCGAUGAAAUAAUCAAUAGUAGAACUUGCAGUUCUAAAGGGACCCAAAUUUCUCCCCAGCUCAACAAAACAACGAACCGUAAGACCUCUGACAUUAGAUAAAUGAUUUGUAGAAAUUAGAAGUUUCAAUUAAUAUUGAUCUACGUGUACAACUCGCUGAAUAUCGAAUUCGCAGCUGGAUUAUUCGCAACAUUAGACUGAAGUAGCAAAUCAUAAAUUUCAACUAAUUUGUGAAAUGACUGAAACUUUACGACAUGACUUUUUGAAAUGUUUAAAGCUAUACGGGUGCUGACAAUCAACUUAAUUAUUGAACCAGUGCCUUUGCUCUCAUUAAGAAGUGUGAACCUCGGAAUUCACAAGUAGGUCCACCAGACAAUGGGUAUUUCGUGAUAUACGUUAUAUGUGUAAAAACAAUUCAGUGUACAUAGCAUCUAAACUUUUUCAUUGUUAGCGAGUUAAUAAUGCAAGGGCAUCCAAGAAAUGUUAUGACAGGUUCUUCAGUUUUGUUGAGCAAUAUCUCUGGUGUCUACUAGAUACAGUCAUGACCAUGAGGAAGCAUUGAGCAAUGUUUGAAAGACUGGGUACGUCAAAUCUACCAUACAGUAUCAUAGGCCGAUCAUAAUAUGGAUGCACCAACUUGAACAAGCAUUCACGUGAGUUAUUUUACUUAACAUUAUGGAUAGUAUUUUAUAAUUAGCGAAUAUUUUAUGCGAUAAUUAAUAAAUUGGCGAAAUAAUUUUGUACCACCAUAAAAACGAAUAGAAAAUUUAUUGUUUAUAUGUUUAAAUACGUCGCUAUUUUAAGUGAAGACUGAUGUAUAACGUAAUACAUUCGAACCCAUCGAAAAAAUGUCGACAAAUCAGUCUUUUCCUUCAAACUUAAUAUGAACUGUGGGCGUAUUAACGUGCCAUGUAAUAGAAGUUAAGAUGUAAUGUCAUGCUGGAAAAGACACUUAGAUAAAUAUUGCCUUGAAGAAGUCAUUUUGUUAUGGAUAUACCGUAAUCAGCGUCCUGUCCAUUAUCACUUACGUACAUACGUGUAAUAAAGUUUUAUCAAACUAUACAUUAUAACGUUAUGAUUGAAAAAAUCCAAAAAUGAAAGUUUUUGUAAAAUUUGUAAUAAGACCACAGGUAAGCCGUAAGACUAUUAAAGCUUUAUUGCAUAAGAAAUUAACGUAGACAUUCAUAAUGAACACAUUUCAGUAAACAUUAACAUGCUUCAAGGCAACAAGGUCUUGUUCCUUUGUACGUAAGAAAAUGAACGCUAUUUCCAAUUUACUAUAUCCUUGCACUUACAAAUAAAAAUCUAAGCUUUAUUUACAGCUUACUCGUCGAUUUAAGAAUCUUUAUCUCUCUACAAAUUUCUCAAAAUUACCUUACACAUGAGAUUGUUGUAACAACUGCCUUAUACUACCUAGAUUUAUUGCCACGGUUGUUAUUAUUAUUAUUACUAGUAUUACUAUUAUUAUUAUUAUUGCUCAAUCUCAUCAUCGUCGACAGUUUUAUGCUGAAUUUCAGAUCACAUGGCAGACGUAUGAUGACGUUUUUACAGUAAAUAACAAAUGCAACUGUUGGGAGAAAAUGACAAUCACCCGUGAUUGAAUGAUAUGAAUCAACAAUAAAAAAAUAUUUAACGAUUUACUCAUAUAA